UCGAAGCAGAAGCCGUGUGUAAUUUCCACCCGAUGAAUACACGGUGUUGGCUGUAAUCAUUGCUAUAUAUUGGUUUUGUUAUUAAUAACUUUUUGGUAGUAUAAGUUGUCUAGCUAAUUGAGCAGCUUAUUAGGUAUCAACCGGCUAGCUAUCAACGAUGUCUGCUGAACUCCAUUCCCGCAAGAUGAGUUUUUCUUCAUCAGGUAAUAUGCUUGACUUUCGGCGUCGCCACCCACUGCUUCGUUUCUUGAUGCUUCGUAGUGAAAUUGGCUGUAGUUCAACAGCUGUUGAGCUAUUGCAGGCUUUUCAAAUUAGGUGUCCAUCUCAUCAACCAGUGAUGAAAUUUUUUUGGCCAACGUUUGGUGCGGUUUGGCUGGAAAUUUAUUCCUUAAUUCAGAUCAAGUGCGUUCGACCUUGCCAAGGAUUACUGGUGCUAACACAAUAUGUUACUUCUUGGUAUAUCUUGACCGAAAAGUUUUCCCGUUAUGGAAUUUUGAAAAGAUAUUUCAGGGAAAGUUUCAGAAACACGUUUUCUUAUGGUUAGAUUGACUUGUCGAGAUUCGGAUUUCACCCGCUCAGUCCUACGAACUUAACAGGAUUUGCUACAUUUUAAAAUGGUAAUUUUUUCUACAAUGCUAUUCGCUUUCUUUGCCAUAUCGAAGCCUGCAUCGUCAGCUGUGACUGCUGCUUGCUGGUCAAUAAUUGGCAAAUAUUAAAAUGUUUUAUAAUGGUCGCUAAUCGAUUUCAAUCAUAUCGACGCUGCAUUACCCAAUAACACUACAUUAUAA